AUUAGUAUGAGACAGGCUGAAGUUGAAUAGGUCAAGAAAUUUUAAUUUUUUAAUUAAGAAAACAUUCAAGAUCAAAGAGCUAAGUAUCAAAUAUCCAUUCAUUUAUUUUAGUGGUGAUCCAACUGCUCCAACCUUGAAUGAUAUUGGAAUAUCAGAUGGAUGUGGAAUUGGUACCAAAUUGUUCCUCUCAUCUUAAUCCAAGAAUCUUAUCUAUGUAUAUGAAGCAAAUUCCAUUCAAGGAUUCUUUUAACCUCAUAAUGAUUCAUUCAGAGUUAUGAAAUGUACAAAGGAAAGCAGAGAUGUAAUAUUUAAUAAUUCUUAUUAUUUAAUAGGGAAAGUUAGUCACAUUUGGUAUCGACAGUGAAAACAAUUAAAAGAGCAGCUAUGUUAAAUUUUGGGAUCCAAAUACAACUGACUAUCAAAAUAUGAGUAAAUUAAUCUCAUUAAAUUCUUAGAACCUAUUAAAGUAAUCUUGGUCAAUAAAGUUGGAUAACCAUUACAAAAUUUUAAUUGUUUUUGUGUUGCUAAAGACUUAAGUGCCUUAGCUUUUGGUUUGUAAGAUGGCUAAAUAUUGAUAUUCAAGGCGAAAAGUUAAAAUCUAUUAGUAAUGGAACAUAAAGAUUAAAUCAUUUAAACAGAUUAAGAACCAAUUAAAUCUGUUCAUUUAAGUAAAAAUGAUUAAAAUCUUAAUUUAUUUUGUACAACUGAUUCUAACAUCAUUUGUUUUUAGAAUAUGUAAAACAGAAAGAAGUUUUCUAUCCCUGCUGGAGCUUUGUUUGAUUUAACAGUUAAAGGAAAUCUUAUAGGAUGUCCAAAAGAUGAUACUUCUACUAUAGUAGAAUAUAGUGAUAUUAAGAAAGAAGCUUCUUGGAAUGUAGAUGGUGAUAAAAUUGAAAUUAGAUUUUUCAAAUAAAAUUACUUAAUCAUGUUAAUCUCUCCAAGAUAAGAUAAAGAAUAGGUAGAUCAAUCUGUUCAAUUAACAAUAUUUGAUCUUUUAAAUAAUUAUAUUGCUUAUUAUAAGAAAUUUGAAAAGAUUCAACGAUUUAUUCCUGUUGGAGAUUACUUAUAUGUAAUAACACAAAACAACAAAGGUGAAAAAAAUCUUAUAAGAUUAACAGAGAAAGAAAAUACUCAUAAAAUUGAAAUCUUUUUUAAAAAUAAUUAUUUCGAUGUUAUGUAUAGAUUUGCUAGCAAUUAAUCUUCUGAUAAAACAUUAUUAGCUGAAAUUAGUCGUUUACAUGGAGAUCAUUUAUAUGAUUAACAUGAUUUUUAAGGAGCAAUAAAAUAAUACAUUAAUACAGCUGGAAUUUUAGAACCUUCUUAUGUAAUUGGUAAAUUUUUAGAUGUUUCACAUGUUGAUUUUUUGAUAUAAUAUUUAGCAGCUUUACAUCAUGAAAAAUAAGCUGAUAAAAAUCAUACAGCCCUAUUAUUGAAUUGUUAUGUAAAGUAAAAACAGAUUACCAAACUAGAAGAAUUUCUAAAAGAAUCUAGUUUUGAUUCAGAUUUAUUUGAUAUUGACACUGCUAUAAAAGAAUGCAGAUAAUUAGGUCAUAUAGAUUUGGCUUUAAGAUUAGCUAAGUCUAGAUAAAAAAACGAAGCUUACCUAAGCAUACUUAUUGAAACUAACAAAGAUUAGAAUAAUAAAGAUUAAAAUAAGUAAGAUUGUAAAAGUGCUUUGAUGUAUAUUAAGGAAGAAAUCUAAUUAGAUGAAAAAGUAUUAAUUUUUAUCUAUCUUAUUAGGCUUAAUAUUUAAAAGAGUUUGGACAACAAUUAAUGAAGGCAGAACCUGAAUUUUGUCUAGAAAUCAUAUAAAAUUUAGUUUUGCUUAUAAGUAUGGUCUAAAAUUUGAAAAAAAGAGUUGACACUUAAAAAGGUAUUGAAUCUAUAAGCAUUUUAACUCCUGAAGAAUUGAAAGUAUGGAGAUAUUUUAAUUUGUCAGAUGAAGAAAUUAAAAAGGUAUUUUCUAUAACCUUUGGUAAACCAGAUGAAUUUUUACAUUUAUUUGUUGUUAAUAAUGAAUAUUUGGAAAGUUAUUUGAAAUUUUUAAUUGAGAAUUGUAAAACUUUACCAAACGAAAAAGCAAUAUUCCAUAGAUACUUUGAAUUUCAUUUAGAAAAAUAUCAAUUAUAUUAUAAAGAUGAAAAUAAAAUAGGAAUAAGAGAUACAUAACUAUAAAGCAAAGAAUAAGGUAUUAUGAAAUUAUUAGAAAACUAAGAAAAUGAAAAGAAAUAUGAUAAGAAUCAUUUAUUAGUAUUAUUCAAAAUGUAUAAUUUUGUACCAGGAAUUAUAUUUCUGUUAAAAAAGUUAUAAAUGAGAGAAGAAUUAUUAAAUUUCUAUAUAAGUUUGUAGUAGAAUGAUUAAAUAAUUAAUUUAUGUAGUGAAUACGGUAGAGAAGAAACCAAUUUAUGGAUUUAAGCAUUAAAAUAUUUUGCUAAGCCUGAAAAUGGAGCAGAAAAUUAUAUAGAACAAGUUUUGGUAUUAGUAAGUAGUUUAGAAAAUAUAUCACCUUUACUAAUAUUGAAUAUCUUAUCUAAAAAUAAAAAUGUUAAAUUUAAAUUAGUCAAGAGUUAUUUCACAAGUAAAAUAUCAAAAGAUAAAAAAUAAAUUGAUGAUUACCAAAAAGUAGUGAAAGAGAAGAUGAAAAAGGCUGCAGAUUUAAGAGCUGAAUACAAAAAAUUAAAAACUCAAGCCAAAGUUUUCUAAUCAACGAAAUGUAGUUGUUGUGAGGCUAUAUUGACCUUACCUUCUUAUCAUUUCCUUUGUGGUCAUUCUUAUCAUGAAUAAUGCAUACAUACGUAAAAUAUAAAUAUUCAAAAUUUAUAGAGAAAGGGCUUGUCUGCUUUGUCCAUCUGACACAUAGAUGUUUUUCAAGAGAAAAUAAGAAUUUAUUGAAGCUUCAAAAGAAACUAAACCAUUCAAAGAAAAACUCUAUGCAGCAGCUGAUAAAUUUGAUGUUAUAUGCGAAUAUUUAGGAUAAGGCAUAAUCUAAAAUUAGAAAGCUGAUUGAAU